AGGGGCGGAAGUGACUGCUUGAUCUUGGCAUUCCAUGUGUUAGACAGCAGUGGUUUGUUAGGGGGGCACUGGGGGUGUCAAUACUCUUCUGUAAAGAGAAAUAAAGUUCAAACAUUCUAUCUAUCGCGAUUUAUAGAAUUCCCUAAAUAAUACAGACUGUGAAUAUGACAGAGAAAAUCAUUGUAAAUAAGGAGGACACAAGCAAUUGGACAGACAUUCAGGUUCAGGAGUUUGUUACCAAGCUUACUGAACAAAAAGUAGUGGUGGAUGAGUUAUCGAACUUGAAAACGGAGCGGAAGGUGUACAGACAACAGCCCAACAGCAACAUUUUCUUUAUUGCUGACAGGUCUCAAACAUUAAGUGAAUGUACAAAGACAUUGGAUGACAUGAAUCAGACUUAUCAGGAUCUCGCGAAAAAGGCCCAAGUCAAGAAAUAAUCUAUUAUUUUUGUGAAAAGAAAAAUGUGUGGGAUAUGUUGUACUGUCAGUUUAAUUGCUUGUCCUGAUGACACAUUAAUUUCUGAAGAUGUCGCAAACAUUAGGCGACGUGGACCUAACAACAGCCACCACUUAAUUAAGUGUGAUCCUUCUAAUGGCUACAGUUGUUUUUUCUCUGGACACGUUCUUCACCUGAGAGGACAACUGACUCCCCAGCCUCUACAAGACAAAGAUGGCAACAUAUUUCUUUGGAACGGAGAGGUAUUUGGUGGAAUUGAAGUUUCUGAUAGUGAGAACGAUACUCAAGUAAUGUUUAAUCACCUUUCCUGCUGUAAUGAUGAGCAUGACCUAUUGACACUAUUUUCCCGUGUCCAAGGUCCCUGGGCUUUUAUUUUUUAUCAAGCUAAAAGCCACAGUUUGUGGUUUGGUAGAGAUUUCUUUGGUCGACGAAGUCUUUUAUGGAAAUUUAGCCAGAAUCCUCAGAAAGCCUUGUGCCUCACAUCUGUAACAGAGUCAUUUUCCACAUCUGAUCCCAUUCAGUGGCAAGAAGUUCCAGCAUCUGGAAUAUUUAGAUGCGAUCUUCAAUCUUGGGUAAAUUCGAAAUCAAUGACACUGUCAUGGUAUGCCUGGGAGUCUUCAUCGGUUGAUGUAGUAACAAAAGAAGGAAUGGUGAAUGAGGAACAAAACCGUAUUGCAAAAAAUUUGCCAUCAUUUAUCACUGUCCAAAAGAGUGAAGAAGAAAAACUCAUGACUCCAGUUGCUUCUUUGAAUGGAGAGGUCCCUGAAACAUUAGCUGAACAUCACUGCGUUGCUGCUUCUACCAAAGUCACUUUAGAAGACCUUAAAAUGUUAAUUACAGAUGAACACCAGAAAAAUGCCAAGUCCCUUAUAGAUGUAUUAAGUGAGUCUGUUCGAAGACGAACUUUAUGCCUUCAUCGAAACAAAGACGAGCUCUUGUCAGAUGCUGAAAGAAAAGCAAAUGUUGCAAUCCUGUUUUCUGGUGGGAUUGAUUCCAUGAUUCUGGCUGCCCUUGCAGACCGUCACGUUCCAAAAGAGGAACCUGUAGAUCUUCUUAACGUGGCUUUCAUGAUGAACGUCCCAAAUGGUAUGAAACCUUGCUCCAAAAAGAAAAACAAGGUUAAAAAACAGUCUGUCUCUGCAGCUCAAACCGAUAAGUUGGAUCUCUCAGCUUCCUGUAACGCUUUUGAUGUUCCUGAUCGUAUAACAGGCAGGGCAGGACUGGAGGAACUGAAAUCCAUAAGCCCAUCAAGAACCUGGAAUUUUGUGGAAAUUGACAUAACUCCAGAAGAGCUUAAAGAAAUGAGGCGGCAACGUAUUUGUCAGCUCGUUCACCCACUGAAUACUGUCCUAGAUGAUAGUAUUGGCUGUGCUGUCUGGUUUGCUUCCAGAGGUGUAGGCACACUUGCUAUCAAUGGGGAAAAGAAACCAUAUGUCAGUACUUCCAAGGUGGUGCUGACCGGGAUUGGGGCAGAUGAGCAGCUUGCGGGUUAUUCCCGUCACCGAGUGCGUUUCAAAACAAUGGGAUACUUGGCUCUGCUAGAAGAACUGAGCAUGGAACUGGGUCGCAUCGCUUCCAGGAAUCUUGGCCGCGACGACCGCGUGAUUGGUGAUCACGGUAAAGAAGCAAGGUUUCCGUUCCUUGAUGAAGAUGUUGUAUCCUUUCUGAACUCUCUGACCAUCUGUGAAAAGGCAGAUCUUACCCUGGCCAGAGGCCUUGGUGAAAAACUGAUUUUACGAUUAGCAGCGGUGGAACUGGGACUUACUGAGUCUUCUGUGUUGCCCAAAAGAGCUAUGCAGUUUGGAUCCAGAAUCGCAAAAAUGGAGAACCGGACUGAAAAGGCCUCAGACAAAUGCAGCAGACUCCAGACAAAUCUUACUGAAUAGCAGCCUUUCAUUUUCACCUUUUGGCGUUUAGAGGAAAUCUCUAAAUUUUACUGUGUGUUUUACUUUAAUAAACUUUUUGAAAUAUUGCA